AUGGAAGCCAUUGCAUACGUACCUGAGCAACAAGAUGAGGCUCACUUCAAAAAAAAGUGGCGAAAGACCAAUGCUUUGGAGGCCAUAUUCAGCGAUCAACGCAGACUUGCUCGGCUGAGGAUUGGCAAGCGCCAUUGCAGAACCGGCGAUGCGAACUUGGGGAUCAUCCAGAUCAGUGGCCUGUCCUUAAUCUUUCAGUGGUGUCUCUAUUCCACUUACGCUGCGCCAGCAAACCUAUCAACCCAAACCAUGAGUAAAACAAGCAUCGCCCGAUGCUUCGGUUUUUCUUGUGAUGCCAGAACCGCCAUUCCUGUACAAAUCUUGUGA